AUCGAUAGACCCACCAGAGGGCCAAACCUCGGCACCCUCACGGUAUCGAAUCACAUCACACCGUGUGUGGGAGUGAACGUAUUUUAUUUUCGGCAGUGGGACUGGUCAUGGCGACAAUGGCCGCCGCAAACGUGAUAACGGGACAGUUCGACGAUGCCGACAGUGACGAAGAAGACUUUGUCGCCCGCAUGCAAGCACAACGGCAGCCAGCGACGUUGCCCGUCCAAUCCUCAAAAUUGGCAUGCGUUUCUUCGUUCACCCGACCACCCGUCGAGUCUUUGCAAACUUAUUACGAUUGGGACGAUGCACCGCUCACGUCCGUUGCGGCACAGAGUGUGGCGCAAGCGUCCGCCGCAUCAUCCAAGCAAAUGAAUCUGUCGCACGCCGUAUCCAACCGUGUUACGCAGAUGGAACACCUCGAAACGCAUAAGCGUACCUUGACACAGGGUAGGGACGAUCGGGCCACCUCGGAACAGGUACUCGAUCCCCGAACGCGACUCAUACUCUUCAAGUUACUCAGCCGUGGAUUCCUGGAAGCCAUCGAUGGAUGCCUGUCCACCGGCAAGGAAGCUAACGUUUACUACGCCAAGGCUGGUAAACAUCAUCUGCAACCGCAACGGUACGACGCCACGCCUACGCCUACCGACGAGGACAAUUGCGACAACACAAAACCCCGGCACGUUACCGAAUACGCCAUUAAAAUAUACAAAACGAGCAUUCUCGUAUUCAAAGACCGCGAUAAGUACGUCGCGGGCGAACAUCGCUGGCGCAAGGGUUACUGCAAAUCAAAUCCGCGAAAAAUGGUCAAGGUCUGGGCAGAAAAAGAGAUGCGCAACUACCGUCGCAUAUACGCCGCCGGUAUUCCCUGUCCGGAACCCAUCUUGCUCAAAGCGCACGUACUCGUUAUGGAAUUCCUCGGUGUCGGCGGUUGGCCCUCCCCUCGGCUCAAGGACGCCGCGCUUUCCGACAAGCGCCUCCGGGAAGCCUACGUACAAUGCGUACUCAUCAUGCGACACUUGUACCAACGGUGUAAACUCGUACACGGCGAUCUGUCCGAAUACAACCUCCUCUGGCACGAAAACCAAAUUUACGUUAUUGACGUAAGUCAGUCCGUGGAAACAGACCACCCCUCGGCGUUGGAUUUCUUGCGCAAGGACGCCUCCAACGUCAACGAUUACUUUCGCAAAGUCGGACGACUCAACGUCAUGACGGUCCGUCAGUUGUUUGAGUUUGUCACGGCAUCGGUUUUGCCGUGUGACCAGCCGAACGUCGCGACGGAGCAAGCCGAAUUGGCGAGUCUCGACGCCAUUAUGCAACACGUGGACCAAACCGCACUGCAGUUGGCGGAAACAUCGGAACAGGGACAGCGCAAAGUAGAACAGCAAGAGGCCGUGGACGAAGCCGUCUUUAUGAGCAGCUUUUUGCCGCGGAGCCUCAACCAAGUAGCCGAGCACGAAAUUCAAAAACUGGCAACCGGGGAGGUGGAAGACACCUACGCGCAAGCCGUCGCGUCCUUGACAGGCAAUCGCGAUGUGGUCGAAGCGGUCGCGAAAAAGUUGGGCCGGAACGACUUCAUGACAAAGUCGGUCCAAUCCAUUCUGACUAACGCAUCGUCGAGGGAAUCUCCUCAAGAAGAGGAGCGAAAAGCCGGAGGGAAGAAUGGAGUGCAUUUUUCGGCGGUAUUGGACGAGAAAGGCGACAAAUCGCCAAGUAGGCAGAGUGGGGAAGACGAGUUCAUGUCCGAAUGUGACGAUGACAGUUCUGUAGAUAGCGAGGGUGAGUCCGUGGACAAAGAAAUUGGUUUCGUCAAGACUCCUAUGACCCCGGAAGAGUUUACUGCCAUGAAGGAAGCUGUAAGAACGGAGCGCCGAGCAAACAAAAAAGCCGUCAAAGACGCGAAAAGCGAACAGCGUCAGAACAAGGUGAAAAAGAAGGAUAAGAAACGAGCCAUUAAAAAAUCGAAGGCCGGAAAUCGAAAGAAUAAAUAGAUCCCGGUACAAAAUCGGAAUUCCUACGUGCCAACUCUAGAGUCCUCCUACCGAGCGAUUCUGGGAUUAUGCGGUUUUAGGAACACUGGUUUGCAUUUGCGACUCCAUAGUAAAUGAAAGUUGCCAGAC